AUGCGUUUCUUCGCCAUCCUCGCUGCUGCCACUCUGGCCACCGCCACCGCUGCCGUCGGUGGUCCUUCCGCCCGCAACCUUGAAGUCCGCGCUGCUGAGGGCGACAAGGGCGACAAGCCCCGUUACUCCGUCCCCGAUGACUGGACCAUCGAGCAGGGUUCUGCCAAGUGCGGUAACCAGGCUCAGCUCUCCUGCUGCAACAAGGCCACCUACGCCGGCGACACCACCACCAUCGACGAGGGUGCUCUGGCCGGUCUCCUCGGCAACAUUGCCGGUACUGGCUCUGGCUCUGAGGGUCUUGGUCUCUUCGACCAGUGCUCCAAGCUCGAUCUCGAGAUCCCCAUCUUCGCCAUCGACGCUCAGGAUAUCCUCAACCAGCAGUGCAAGCAAAACAUUGCCUGCUGCCAGUACAGCGGUGCCGAUGCUUCCGACGACCUUAUCGGCGUCGCUCUUCCCUGCAUUGCUCUCGGUUCCAUCAUCUAA